UAUAACUACGCAGGGUUCCUUGCAUUGUUUCCCUACAUUGAAUAUGUAGAAAUGGAGACUGAAGAAAGCAUUUUUAGUGCGACGCCUCAAAGCACAACGAAGGGCCGUAACUGGAGCGAAUGCAUAGCUUUGUUGGACGAAACUACGCCUGACAUUCUUGACUAUGUAUAUAUCACCAACUACACCGACCCCACCGUUAACAAGGAGGUGGAACGCAUUGCCAGCAAUUUGAGACAGGCGCUCAAUGAAACGGUUCAAAACAUCACCUGGCUUAAUGAUACGACGCGAAAAGCCGUAGAGAAAAAGUUGGAAGAAUUGACAUUGACAAUCGGAUACCCGGAAGUUCUACGAAACAUAUCAGUACUUGAAGCUCGCUACAAAUACGUACCAUUCUUUCCUUUGAAUAUUUCAUUCAUAGAAGCCUUUUAUCAUCUACGAGAAGGCUUAUACAAAAUGCAUUUGAGUAAGCUUUGGAAUCAUAAAAAGAGCAGCUUGGGUCGGGACUACAGUCCAAGAAAUGUUCGGCCGAUUUACGACUUGUCUAGGAACACAGACGAAAUUCCCUACGCACUCUUCGCAUCUCCAUUUUAUCAGCAAGAUCUUCCACGCUCAUUGAACUAUGGGGGCAUAGGCGGUACAAUUGCUCACGAGCUGGCUGCUAGAUUAUUCGCAGAGAUGAAGAAAAGCAAGAUCCCCAGUGAUAGGAAUUCUUUAGAUAAUAAAACUUCAUGCUUCGAGAAACAGUACAAAUCGGUCAACAAAAAGCUGCUUCUGGAGAACUAUGUACUGUGCUUGGUAGCUGCAUCAUUUGUGUGGGCUUAG